AUGAAGUACGUUCAGCUUACAAUCGAGCUCAUCACCAAGGCCUUUGAGACAUUCUCCUCUAAGAAGGGAGUGGAGUUUAACAAGAAAGAUGCAAAUAAGAUCUUUAAGGCGCUUGAUGAGGAUGAGGAAGUAGAGAGAUACUACUUUUGUGGAGAAAAGUGCACCAAGUCCAAGCGCAAAUGCAUGAAGGAAGUUGAUGAUGAAGGCAUGCAUUGUUAUGUCCACGAUCCUGCGCGCAAGUGUCAAGGCACAACUAUUAAGGUGCUAAUUGUGGUAGUGUAG